GUCGCCUCCCCUCGCUCGCUCGCUCGCAUACAUGCAUGAUUCCUGUGGACGAACACACACAGAGAGAGAGAGAGAGAGGAAGAAGAGGUUUGAGAGAGAGAGAGAGAGAGAGAGGGAGAAGAGGUUAGAGAGAGAGAGAGAAGCAUGUCUCACUUGUCACCCCCUCAUCUUCUACGCUAUAAAUAUCCCCACAACCCACCUCCAAGAGCCCAUCCCCAGCUGCACGCUUCUUGGCUCCUGUCCAUCAUACUUGGCUUUCUCAUUUCUCACUUUGGAGGGCAACCACCCAAGAGAGUACUGUUCCUAUCGAGAAGUGAUGGAGAGGAUCAACUCCGAGCUCUACUUGCAGAACUGUUACAUAAUGAAAGAGAAUGAAAGGCUGCGGAAGAAGGCACAGCUUCUGAACAAGGAGAACCAGGCCCUCUUGUCUGAACUGAAGCAGAAACUGGACAAAUCCAACGCCAACGCCAACUCCGACUCCAAUCCCAACCCCAGCCCCGUCAUGGACCUCAACGCCACCCCUUCAAACGACAACACUCCUGGUGCAAGCAAGCCUUGAUGCAGUGCAAGUGUGCUCGGAGGAUUUUUUUGGAUGCUUUUGUGAUGGGGCUAAAAAUCUGUGUAGUUUGAUCACUUUUGCCCCCAGGGCAGUAAUAUAUAGUUCUGUUAUCAAA